AUGAUUGAGCCUUUCCAGACGACCUUUUCGGUCCCUAUGACCUGCGAAAGCUGUGUCAAAGAUAUUUCCACAUCAUUGUACAAGCUCGAUGGGAUCAACAAAGUGGAUGCGAAUCUUAAGGACCAGCUUGUCUUUAUCGAAGGCACCGCGCCCCCAAGCUCUAUUGUAUCCGUGAUCCAGGAUACAGGCCGUGAUGCGAUUCUGCGCGGAAGUGGCACAACAAAUAGUUCGGCCGUCUGCAUCCUCGAAACACACUCCAACGCCGUCUCCAAUAAGAUCCGAGGCCUAGCCCGCAUGGUCCAGGUCUCCCCGAAUAUAACCCUGGUCGACCUCACUAUCAAUGGUAUCGCACCCGGAAAAUACUGGGCUACAAUCCGGGAAGCAGGUGAUAUCUCCCAAGGCGCCGUCUCUACUGGUGGUAUUUGGGAAUCUCUCAAGGCUAAGGUCAUUGGUAACGAUGCUGUGCCGGAGAAGGAGCCUCGAGGAAUAUUUGGGUCCGUCGAGGUUGACGAUAAGGGUCGUGGAAAUGUUUUCCUUGAUCGACCGGUAGCAAUUUGGGAGUUGAUCGGACGGAGCAUGGUUGUGUCGUCGAACAAGGAAGGACCAUUCCGAAGGGAGGAUGAGAAUACCCUUGUUGGAGUUAUUGCGCGCAGCGCGGGCGUGUGGGAUAAUGAUAAGAUGGUUUGCUCUUGCUCUGGUAAGAAUGUGUGGCAGGAAAGACAGGAGCAGGUUGGCCAGGGUAUGGCGUAA